GGGAAGGGAGGGAUGGGAGAUUGUCCGAGAGAAACGGGUUGGAAAUAAGGAAGGACUUCACAGCAGCCAUAACAAUAAACAAGUAAAUCAGAAUUAUAUUCCAGACUCAUUAUUUUACAAUUUGAUAGCUAGAAAUGUAACGAGUUUUUCCGCAGAUUAUUUUAGGAAUAUGCCAAGCUCGCUAGCUUGCUAAGUAGUGCAGUCAGCUAGCUAGUAAUUAGUGAUAGGUUAACCAAAUAGAAGCCGUAACAAUCUCUCAAAUUCAAUAAUAAUAAGUGACGUUAAAUAUUACACAUUUAAAGCAAACAAAAUACGUGGGCUGAUUGCACCCGAAAUCUGAAUUCUUUCAUUAUUUACACGCCGUAUUCUAGCUAACGUUAGCUAUUUUACUGGGUCUAUGUCCGGAAUGGAGCCGGAGAGCUUACGUGAGAGUCCCGCGGGCUCCGGAGAUCCAGAGCCGAGCGAUUGGAGGGGGGAGACGCCCGGUGGAGAGGCGGAGGGGAAGGAUGGGGGACCAAAAGACAGAGACGGUGAUGGAGGGACGACAGAUACUGGGGACGGCGGAGGAGAGGGCCAAGAUGGAGAUGGAGACCGCGAGAGGAAGGAAGAGGAGGGCAAAUACGAAGAAGAAUUAGACCCAAGAAUUCAGGAGGAGCUGGAGCACCUGAAUGAGGCCAGUGAGGAGAUUAAUAGACUAGAGCUUCAGUUGGAUGAUGCAAGAUCAGGUUACAGGAAGAUCCUUACAGAAUCAGCCAGGAAGCUGAAUGCACAGGGCUCCCAGCUUGGCACUUGCAUUGAGAAAGCCAGGCCAUACUACGAGGCCCGUAGACUGGCCAAAGAGGCCCAACAGGAAACCCAGAAGGCCGCGCUGAGCUAUGAGAGAGCCGUUUCCAUGCACACCGCCGCUAGGGAGAUGGUGUACGUGGCCGAGCAGGGGCUCCUGGCGGACAGGAACACGCUGGAUCCGACGUGGCAGGAGAUGCUCAAUCACGCCACCGCUAAGGUGAACGAGGCGGAGGAGGAGCGUCUGCGCAGCGAGCGAGAGCACCAGCGCGUCACGCAGCUGUGCCAGGACGCCGAGGCCCGCGUGCAGACCCUGCAGAAAGCGCUCAAGAGGGUCAUCAUCAAGUCCAAGCCCUACUUCGAACUCAAGGCUCAGUUCAACUACAUACUGGAGGAGCACAAGUCUAAAGUGGUGCAGCUGGAGGAGCGUGUGUCAAAGGUGAAGACCCGCUAUUCGGUGGCGCUGCGUAACCUGGAGCAAAUCAGCGAGCAGAUCCACGCCCAGAGGGGGCGACGGCGGUUCGCGACCGGGCAGACCAAUGCCUGCAGAGGGCGGAGCUCGCCAGUGGGGGCGGAGUCUGACUGUGAGACUGGGGGUGAGGGCGGGGCCUGUGGGGGAGGGACAACGGCGAAAGACUGGGUGGACGGAACGAGGGGCGGAGACAAAACCAGGGAGUGGGUGGAGAGACACAGAGCCUCGGGCUGGGGGGAGAAAGAGAGGGCGGAGGCGGAGAAGGCCGGCUCAGACACCCUCUCAGUUCUCAGCCUGCAAACCAUCGCCUCCGAUCUGGAAAAAUGUGACUCCGUCGAACACUUGGGAGACUUUUUGAGCGAUGUGGUCAGCUUGUCAGGGGAGGAGGGAGAGAAGGAGAGGCGGUUGAGGGAAGUGAGGGAAGUGAGGGAAGUGGAGAGAGCAGCAGGGAGGGCGGCCGCUCGCCCAUCGGGGCAAGAUGGAACGAGUGGAGAGGUGCAGGCAGCGGGCAGAGAGAGCUUUGUCAAGCAGCACCACAGGAGCGUCAGUUUGUGAGUGAGGCCUGGGGGGAAUGGGCAGGGAAAUGCAGAGCUGUUACAAACCUGAAGGGAAGUGCAUGGAGCUUAAACACUAACAUGAGACAAGAAAAGGGAAAGUAAGGGGUAGCAGAAAAUUAACACGGAUGAUUAAGCAACACUAACCCAGGUGUAAAUGUUAUGUAGUAAAAAAUAGACAUUCAGAUUGGCACUUCAUUACUUGAAGAUGAGUUGGGUCAGUAUGGUACGUACACACACUACAGGAACCCCCACAUCUUAAAUAUCGGCCUCUGGAAGUGGUGGUUUCCUCAUUCCUAGCCUGUCUAUUGUGCUGCACUGUUACAUGAGAGGACAACCUUGCAAUGCAUGAUGGAAUAGCUAGAGGUCAUUAGAGCAAAAUCACUCUGAAACUAGAUACAGCAGGAUGUCAUAGAUCUAUUCAAACAGCUCACAUUGAAAUUGUAUCAGCUUCAUUGACUCUUCCUGUUUACUUGAGUACGGCUGAAUGAUGAGAUUUUAUGUUUUCCUUUCUGUGAUAUGUCUUAUGAAUUGAUGUGAAAUGGUUUCUAAUAUGUACGCUUGUCAUAAAUAUAAUGAUGAGGGACUAACAUCAAGACUACUUAUGAAACAAUACGUUGACAUCAAGCCGCCAUAUAGAAAAGUAGCAUUGUCCCUGGAGAAAUGUAGUAACACACUGAAUAAAUCCAUAUUUCAUGUGAUAAAAAUACCAGAAAAUCCACAAGUAUGUUUAAUGCUGCACCUGCAAGAGAACUGGGUUAUUCACUACUCAUUAAUAUUGUAGAAGAAAUGUUUGUCCUCAACAAUAAUACAAUAAACAAUAAUCUUUAAAAUUAUUUUAAGAUAUUGUAACUACUUCGUCCUGCUGAAAAUUAUUUUAAAAUUAUUUAUUAUUUUUUCCAAAAUUUCUAAAAAUACUUUUGCUUUUGAAUUUACAUUCCCAAACAGUUUAUGCAUACUACCAAAACCUAAAUUGGUAAAAAAUUGUUUCCAGAAAGUGAAACAUUUUUAAUCCUCAGUUAUAUGCUGGGAAUUUAAAAUGCUAGAAAUGUAUUGUAUGGUUGUUUUCUCUGUAAGAAACAAGGACCCACUUGCCUUUGCCCCAACCAAAAAUUGCUCUCAGUUUGGCAUCUACAUUAGUUGGAAGAUGCGAUUUUUCAAAUAACCUUUAAGUAUUAUGAUAAUAUUCUUUAGGUAAUGAAGUCUGUGAAAAGUGUACAAUUUAUUUAAUAAAAAUGCCAUUCCAUUAUGUAUCAUUUUGGAUACUGGCCAUUUUGUUUGUUGGCACAAUCUUUCAAGUUUCACUUAAGUGUGCCACCUGAAUUCAUUUCGAAAGUAUAGCCCCUGAAUUCAGUACACCAAGAGAACAAUUACAUUGAAGAUGUGUGUGAGAGGUCCUUCAGGUUUUCAUUUGUUUCUUUUCUGUUCAGAUAAGCCGUUUGAUUGGCCAGUUCUUUCUGUUAACUCAUGAGUGACAUUAGUUUAUGAGAAACUUGUAAAUCCCGCUGUAUUGUGACCCUCAAGAAUUGGAAUGAUGCUGUUAAAGUUUACCUCACCACAGUAUAUGGACCCCAGGGGUUGGCGUGAGGGGAACAGACCAUAUGAAAUGAGGGCUAGAAGUUUGUUCAUGUUGUAUAUAAUUUUGGCAAAUUAUUACAUGGAAAAUUGUGCAAUCUAUUUGAACACUUGGAAAUGCUGAUUAUCGCUGGAAUUGAACUGUGCUGUGUGCUUUGACUGUUUAUCUCCUUCCUGGCAUCAUUCUUUCCUUCUCAUUCGUACAAGCACCCAUACAGUAUACAUCAUAAUUCUAUUUCUCUCUCUCUCUGCCUCCCCCUUUAUUCUUUAUUUCUCUGUGAAAUUAGUUUCAAGUGAAGUGGAUGUAUUGCAAUAUCAUUAAUAAUGUUAACAUAAUGAAUAUAAAGUGGCAAUUUAUGCAAUAUCUUACAGUCAAAUAAAAAAUAUUUAAGAUAUUUA